GAAUGCUGCGGUUGCGUAGCACGACUACAAGUUCCAGGGUCCUCCGGGUGCGGGGGCGGUGUGCGCUCCGAGUCCGCUGAUAGAGGGGCUCUCCGGCGCACCCGGCCGGACCUGCGCGGGUCUCUGUGUUCUUCCGUCCUCGGGUUCCUGGAUUCCGAGCCUCCUGGAUCCCUGUCUCAGCCAGUAGCUGAAUUACUCCACCUGCUUUCAUUCUCUGUGCACCAAGAAUCUGAGGUCCAGGAGUAUCAGCAGCAAAGAUGUCUAACGAGCCACCCCCUCCUUAUCCUGGAGGCCCUACAGCCCCACUACUAGAGGAAAAAAGUGGAGCCCCACCUACUCCAGGCCGCACUUCCCCAGCGGUGAUGCAGCCGCCACCAGGCAUGCCACUGCCCUCAGCUGACAUUGCUCCCCCACCUUAUGAGCCACCGGGUCAUCCAAUGCCUCAGCCUGGCUUUGUACCCCCUCACAUGAAUGCAGAUGGAGCCUACAUGCCUGCAGGUUUCUACCCUCCUCCAGGCCCUCACCCACCUAUGGGCUAUUAUCCACCAGGGCCCUACCCACCAGGGCCCUAUCCUGGCCCUGGGGGCCACACGGCCACAGUCUUGGUCCCAUCAGGGGCAGCCACCACGGUGACAGUGCUACAGGGAGAGAUCUUUGAAGGUGCACCCGUGCAAACAGUGUGCCCCCACUGCCAGCAGGCAAUCACCACCAAGAUCUCCUAUGAGAUUGGCCUGAUGAACUUUGUACUGGGUUUCUUCUGCUGCUUCAUGGGAUGUGAUCUGGGCUGCUGCUUGAUCCCCUGCCUCAUCAAUGACUUCAAGGAUGUGACGCACACGUGUCCCAGCUGCAAAGCCUACAUCUACACAUACAAGCGCUUGUGCUAACGGAGCUAGACUUGGACUCCCCCAUCUAUCAGUCUGGCCCCAUGUGCUUUGCUCCCCAUGCUCAGUGGUCACUACCCCUCAGCCCCCACUUAGGGUUGGAAGUUCUGCCACUGUCCCCUGGAAAUCUUGUCCUCACCUUGCCCUUCCCUGAGCAUCCAACUCUUCCAGCAAAAAUUACGUUGGAUUUAAGGCCAAGAGCCAGUGGGUGGCAUGGGGUGGCACUGAUCUUGUGUGUUGCUUGGGCAUUUGUAAUCCAGAAGAUAAGCUGGAGAGGGUCUCUUACUGGGGUCCUCAUUCCUUUCUGCAUAAGGUCCAGGCCUGGUCCUUACUCUUCUUGGGAUCAAAAGCACCCAGAGCAUUAAUAGGUCCCAGACUAGGGCCUACAGUGAGGGUUGUGCCUGGAACCACAGUUGCUUCUGAUCUGCUGGAAUGAGGUCAGGACAUCAUCUAGAGUUAAGUGGACCCAAGCAAGACAGGGUCUUAAGGCCUGGGUUUAUGUGGAGUAUGAUCUCUUGGGUGCCAAAGGUGGAUUAAGAAAGAAAUAAUGACUGUCAACUCUGGGCAUCAGAACUCUCAGGUAUGGAAACCCAGGACUUCUACCACUGUCCAGGAGCUACCCAAGAGCUCCCUAGUAAUAAGGCAAAGAUGACACUGGGCUAGUUUAAGCCCUGGUAGCUAAGAAGAACUUGCCCUUGUUCUCACCUAGCUUACUUGGGAGUCAGUCAAUGUGCAGCUCUCCUUUCUGGCCACACCUCUGUGAACCCCUAUAUCUUCUGGGGCCAGAAAGAAUGAAUGCCCAUGAGCCUGUCCUGUUUACUUUGAUGUUUGUGCUGUGUAUAAGUGCAACUUCUGCCUGGUGGCUUACUGACAGAGGGCCGAUCAGAAGAGCCUCCUUGUAGGUUCAUUGGUCUCUGGAAUAAGUGCCAGUCUUUUUGCCAUAGUUGGCUUGUUUCCAUAUUGAGGCACUUAAGUAGGGACAACUGUGGCAUUGGGCUGGGGACCAGGAAGAAGUCACAAGUGGUGGGGAUGUCCUAGGGACAUGAGUCUUGCUCAGGGUGUAAACCCAAACUUGUCUAUUUCCUGAAUGGUCUGUGACUAUGCCCACGUGGAUGCUGUGUCCUGCUGCUGUCCCUCUCCUGGUCUCACACUACCACUGCAUGGCCUCCUAUCACUGUGAACUGGCCUGGUCCCAGUUUGUAGUUUCAUUAAAUCGGCCCUUUCACUCCCCUGCCCUGGGCCUCUGCUGUCUUGCCUGGUUUCCUUCUUUUCUGAGGGACAGGGUGGGACUACAUACAGGUAGUCUACUGGCAGGCAAGAGAUUGGGCCUGGGAAACAACACAUGUUUAAGAACCCAUUUACACCAAACCAGAAUUAUAUAGACUUGUCCUAGGGGGACCCAGCUGUUCUGGGCCAGGGAGGUUUUGGUUUCAGCAUUGGUUUCCACUAUUUACAUAAUUAGGUGUCCAGGCUGCAGAGCCUGAGAACUGGAGCCCUGUUCUAGCUUAGUGACCUUCUAACCUGGAGGUGUUGCUCUUUGGUCCUUAAACAAGACAGCACUACUGGACUGAGACCUCAUAGUCUGAAGAUAAACACUGAAGUCUGGCACUCGGGCUCUGAACCAAGUUGGCCUUGGGAAAACGAACCAUCUCAACUGUGAAGGUGGUGAGCUCACCUUUCAAGAGUUUCCCUGCUGUUUUACCAUUUUUUUCACAUAAGACUUUUACAGGAAUAGAUUCCUACUAAUAAAAAUAUUUAACUUCA